AUGAACCGGCAUGCAUUUGGCGAUGGGGAGCUUCAGCUGCAUUGUUUCGCGGAUGCCUCAGAAACAGCUUACGGAACCUGUGCUUAUGUACGAUCGUUGACAGAGAAUGAAGACGUGAGAGUUGAGCUGCUUGCAUCGAUGUCGAGGGUGGCUCCACUACAAAGACGAACGAUCCCAAGGCUGGAGCUAUGCGCUGCACAGAUGGCCGCGCUGUUGUAUCAUAAGAUAGUGACUGCACUGGACAAAGCACGAAAAUCGCCAAAGGUAACUUCAUCAACACUUUCUGUGGAAGAAUUGGAAAACGCCAAAUUCACUUUAGUGAAACUAGCACAAGCCGAAUGCUACACGUCAGAACUUCGUCAACUUCGCAAAAGACAAGCGGUUUCGAAAAGUUCUUCAUUGAAAUUGUUCAACCCAUUCGUGGAUUCCAUUGGGAUAGUGAGAGUCGGUGGCCGGCUCAAUCUUUCGAAGGAACCGUACGCGGUAAAGCAUCAAAUCCUGUUACCCGGAUUUCAUCACUUCACACUACUACUGUUAAAAUCACGCCACCUGAAAUUACUUCAUGGGAGUAUCAGCUUAACUUUGGCUGAAGUACGAAAGCCAACAAAUGGGAGAAGAGCAGUAAGAAACGUGAUACGGAAUUGUUAUCGCUGUGCACGUGUUGACCCCCGACCAAUAAAGCAACCCAUUGGACAAUUACCUCCAGCACGUAUUACCCCUGGGCGAGCUUUUUCUACGACUGGAAUCGACUAUUGCGGACCAGUGUUUGUGAAGCACCCAUACCGCAAAGCUGCUCCAACAAAAGCAUACAUAGCUUUGUUUGUGUGUUUCGCUACAAAGGACGUGCACAUUGAGCUUGUGGGAGAUUUAUCUACGGCAUCGUUCAUCUCUGCGCUUCGACGUUUCAUAGCCAGGCGAGGAAAACCUGAACACCUGUACUCAGAUAACGCUACAAAUUUUGCUGGGGCAAAAAAUGAGUUGAACGCUUUGUACCAGAUGUUCUCAAACCGCACUACAACCGAACAGAUAAGUACCAAUCUCGUUACGGACGGCAUCAGUUGGCAUCUAAUACCACCUCGCGCUCCCAAUUUUGGGGGCCUCUGGGAGGCCGCCGUUAAAGUGGCCAAAAGGCAUUUAGUUCGUCAAUUAGGGAAUACAACGUUGCUGUACGAAGACCUAGUGACUAUUUUAGCACAAAUAGAGGGGUGUAUGAACUCCCGACCGCUCAUCCCACUCUCAGAAAAUCCCGAGGAUUACGAGAUCCUCACACCAGGGCAUUUUUUGAUUGGAUCAUCCCCAGUAGCCCUGCCUGAUCCCGAUGUAUGCAACGUACCUUCAAAUCGACUCAACAGGUAUCAGUUCAUCCAACAGAGAGUUCAACAAUUUUGGCACAAAUGGAGAAGCGAGUACCUAAGCGAACUUCAAAGACAACCAUCAUCAGCAUCAAACAAGGUCGAUCUCAAGGUCGGUCAAAUGGUGAUUCUUCAGGAUCAACAGCAACCACCGACUCGAUGGCCUCUAGCCCGAAUUGUUGAACUCCAUCCGGGUCAAGAUGGAAUAACACGCGUGGUCACACUACGCACACCAACAGGAGAGUUCAAAAGAGCUUGUACCAAACUAUGUUUGCUGCCAUCAAUUGACGAUUACCUUCACCAUCAAGAAGAAUGA